UUGACAACUCGGUCUCAUUUGGCAGUGAAAAGUCGCAUGGAUUGGACACGUUUUUCCCAUGAAAAAUAUACCUAAAAAUAAAUCUGCAAAAAUGUAUAUAUACCAAGUUAUUUGAUAAUUAAAUCAACAACAAUCCCCCGCAGUGUGAAAAGUAGUGUUCGAUUUUGUGUGCUAAGUUUUUCGAUUGUGCAACGCAAGAAAAGUGCGGUAAAAUCGCCUAACUGCUGCUGCUCUUCCGAAAGCCUCCGUAAAGAAAAAAAAAAACGAACGGCAUCUCCAAUAUCAGGAAGCGAUCCGAAAUUUAGCAUCGAUUCUUCAACACAGUUCAGCAGUGAAAACGCUUUUUUUGUGUAAUCGCCUUUCUUCGGUUCUCAUCUAAGGAUCAAGAUCAUGAAGACCACCAUGGAAGGAUCGGCGGAAGGGAAGAAGGUCUACAAAUUGGUUUUGACUGGAGGACCUUGUGGCGGUAAGACGACCGGUCAGGCACGGUUGUGCACUUUCUUUGAAAACCUCGGAUGGAAGGUGUUUCGAGUGCCUGAAACGGCCACUGUACUCCUCAGUGGUGGAAUCAAGUUUUCAGACCUGACAACCGAUGAAGUAUCCCAAAAAGCAAGUGACCAUCGAACAAUUUUCAAAGACGGUAUUCCGGAGCACAGUGUCGAUAAAACAGCGUCCUGUCCCCGUUGCUUGGCCGCAGCUGCCGAUAAGCCGAACGGUAGUGAGGCCUACAAGUUCCAGGAAAAUUUGCUUCGUACGAUGAUUCAGAUGGAAAACACCUUUUUUGAGCUUGGAAAAUCAUGUACACGAAACUGCCUGAUUAUCUGCGAUAGAGGUGUAAUGGACGCCAGUGCAUUUGUUUCCAAAGAAAAAUGGGACCGUAUGAUGAGGACGAAUAGCUGGAACUCGGUAGAGCUGCGCGACAAUCGUUACAACCAUAUUGUCCACAUGGUAUCGGCAGCCAACGGUGCAGAAGCUUUCUAUUCUACUGAAGAUCAUGCUUGUCGAUCGGAAGGAGUCGAUUUGGCUCGAGAGCUGGACUACAAAUCGGCAGCUGCCUGGAUUGGACACCCGUACUUUGAUGUGAUUGAUAAUUCGAGUGAUUUUGAAAGUAAGGUGAAUAGGAUGAUCGAAUGCGUUUGCCAAAAGCUUGGUAUCGACACUGGCGAUCGUCUGUUGACUACUUCUAAGAAAGUCAAAUUCCUGGUGUCAGACCUGCCAAAGGAUUCCGCCUUCCCGGCGUUCCAAGACUUCGAAGUUGUUCAUCACUAUCUACAAUCGGCUGGUCCACGGGUGCAAGCCAGGCUGCGGAAACGCGGUCAAAAUGGCCACUUCAGUUAUAUUCAUACGAUUCGUCGUCCACAUCUUCACGGGCAAUCGAUUGAAGUAAAAACACAACUUACACACCGAGACUACUUGAACAUGCUCACGCAACGUGACGACGCUCACUUUACCAUCUACAAAAAGCGUCGCUGCUUCCUUGUGAAUAACCAAUAUUUCCAAAUGGAUAUUUACAAAGAUCCAGGCCAUCCAAGGUGCAAGGGGUUAAUUCUGCUGGAGACGUACACCUCGCUGAGUGGCGAUAAGCUGAAAGGUAUUCUACCGAAGUUUCUCAACAUAGUGAAGGAAGUUACUGGCCAGCCAGAUUACUCUAUGUUCAAUUUAUCGUUGAAGGAGGAUUGGAGUAACACGAAAAAAUUCUGCUACUCCCUUCAUGAUCAAGAUGAAGGUGAGUUUAGAGCAAAUGGACACUCGCAAAAAAUGAUUAAUGGUAAAGCUUAAUGGUUAUUAAGUGUAUUAUUGCUAUUUUUUUCUAACCUCAAUUACAUCUUUUAAUUGUGUAAUAGUAUACUCUCGCUCGAGUAACAUUUUGUAACAUGAUUAGCUAUAUUUGAUUUCUAUUUGCAUCUUUGAAUAUUUCCCUCCAAAGAGCGACAUUUUCAUAACUUUUUUUCUUUUAAGAACCAGUGGUUUUAAAUUAGAAAUCUACUGUUAAAAAUACUUCAUUUGGAUAUUUUUUGUAUUUUCUCUAUUUGCUCAAAACCUAUUGCCCCGCAGAGGAACGUGUUAAAUAACAUGGUGUAUAAACAUUUUUUGCAGUUUUUGUAACAGGCAAAGCAACAGCAUAAACAAUAGCAAAUGCCCUUUAUUGGUUGCCUGCAUGAAAUAUUUAAAUUGACCAGAGGUGAGCAGAGCUCCACUUUCUGAUCGAACUUAACAAUACUUAAAAAAACGAUGUUUACUUAAGACAGUUACUUAAAUAUACAUUCACUUAAAAGUGCUAGCAGCAGGGAAUAAACAAGCUUUAAACAAAAUAGAUGAGAGCAUAAUUUAGCCAACAAACAACUGUAUUUUUGCAAUCAAAUCAUCGUGUCGUAUUGUUAUACUAGUCCAGGUAUUUCUAAUGUUUUAGUUAUCAUUUCAUUCAGAUAUAUUUUAACAGCCAAAUAUAUUGUCUUCGAAUAUUUAAGUCAUUCAACAAUUAAGAGCAAAAUUUCAAAUAGAUUGGCUAAAUUAUCUCUGUCCUCUCAAUCGCGCAGAAGAGGCGUACGUAAUUUGUAGAAGACAAAAAAAAAACAAAUCAAGCAAAGCAACCAUCAAAUCUGUUUUGAUUGUAUUUUAUAUGAAAAUAUUGAACCUUUUCUCAGAACAAGCACUGUAUUUGCGUUUGACAACAUAAAUCCAUAAACACUGAACUGCUAAAAA